UAUUGGUAUCAAGAUGAGAAGAUAUCAUUAUUUUUACUAGCUAUCAUAAGGCGGACAAGACGAGAGAAAGUCUGCAGGCAGACGAGAAAGUCAGCUCACGAUCCACUCAAGAAUGUGGUUCUGAGAUAUAGGGCAUGGACUCUACUCCAGGAAGAAUAGAGUAUAUGGAAGGAUCAGCCAAGCCGGGUAAUUCAUCCCUUCCCCUGCCAGUUCCGAUCCCCCGUCAAGCCAUCCAAAACGAACGACGAGGCGGGAAAAAGGCCCUGACACAAGUCAGGCACAACAAACAUACCAACGCCGACAAUGCGGACAACAACGAUAUAGCCUACCUCUCCAGGACUCCACAACCUUCCUCCCUUGAACACCUGCACAUCUUCCCGAGGGACGACAGCGAGCGUAAGGUCCAGUAUAAGGGAGAUGGAAAAGUAGAUCGAUGAAGUCAUAUGCAUGACAUUGUUGGAUGAUGCAGGCCCGAGGGGCGGUUCUCCAAGGAGAUCAUUGAAUGGAUUGACUUGUUGUCAUCAUCGACGUGUGGGUU